CAGCCGCACGCGCUCACGUCUACAACUUUUUUCUUCUUCUUCUUUUAUCUCCUGCUGCUGCUCAGAAUUGCUCCUCUGAACCUCCUGAGAAACUCUUGUCAGCAUGGAAAGGUCCAAAGGAGAGGAGCUGACCCCUGCACAAGCCGCAUCUUUGUUUGGGACAAACGAGCCUGAGAGUCAAAACAGACACACUGACCGAGGCAGGAAGAAGCGCGCCACCUACUGGAAGGUCAUCAUUGGGGUCCCGCUGCUCUUCCUCCUGAUUAUCAUCUUGGCUGUUGUGAUUUCUUCAAAACAGCGCACCAGUGGAAACACUGGGUCCUGGCUGGAGUUGUCGCUUGAGGAUACUGAGCAGCCACAGUGUCCACCAGGCUUUUCCAGGUCUCCGCUCAUCCUGGUGUCCUUGGAUGGCUUCCGGGCGGAAUACUUGAAAACGUAUAACAACCUCCUUCCUGUGAUCAACAAGUUACGAAAGUCUGGAACAACGACGCCCCACAUGAGGCCGGUUUAUCCCACAAAGACCUUCCCAAACCAUUACACCAUAGUAACUGGUCUUUACCCCGAGUCUCAUGGCAUCGUGGACAACAAGAUGUACGACGUGACCCGAAAUGCUUUCUUCAGUUUGAAAAUGGAAGAGAAAUUCAAUCCAGUGUGGUACCAAGGACAGCCGGUUUGGAUCACAGCCAUGCAGCAAAAUGUAAAAACAGGAACUUUCUUCUGGCCGGGCUCAGAUGUAGCUAUUAAUGGCACCUAUCCCAACUUCUUCGAGUUCUUUGAUUGGAACAUUCCAUUUGAGAAAAGAGUAUCAACACUGCUUGAGUGGCUCAGUUUACCUCAGGAAAAACGACCUGACUUUUACACUUUGUAUCUGGAGGAACCGGACACAGCCGGCCAUCGUUAUGGUCCAGAAAGUGCUGAGGUCAAUCAGGCUUUACAGAAAGUGGACAGGAUUUUGGGCAUGUUGAUGGACGGACUGAAACAGCGAGAUCUGCACAAUUGUGUCAAUCUGAUCAUCACGUCUGACCAUGGCAUGGAGGAGGCUACGUGCGAAAAGGCGAUGUAUGUGUCAUCCUUCCAAGAAAAUAUAGAUGACUUCACUGUCAUCUCAGGCGCCGCCGCUCGCAUUCGACCAAAGCGCCUCCCGGAGGAUUUCUUUUCCUUUGACUACGAGGGAUUGGUGAGGAACCUGUCGUGCCUGAUCCCGAACCAGCCAAUGAGGCCUUACCUCAAAGAAAACCUCCCCAAGCGGCUGCACUUUGCCAGAAACGUCCGCAUAGAGAGGGGCCACAUCUAUAUGACGUCGGGCUGGCAGGCGGCACGUCAAAAAAACGAACUCAAGUACUGUCAGGGUGGAUUCCAUGGCUCAGAUAACCUCUUCAAGAAUAUGCAGGCGAUCUUCAUUGGUUAUGGCACAGAUUUUAAAAGGAAUACUACAGUGCCACCGUUUGAAAACAUCGAGCUUUAUAAUCUCAUGUGCGACCUCCUUGGUAUUCAACCAGCUCCAAACAACGGGACCCACGGCAGUCUGAACCACCUGUUGAAGCAUCCAAUACACCUGCCGGUUCACCCAGCACAGUUUUCCCAUCAGACGCCCUGUGAGGCCAGCCAACCCGUCCCCACCGAAAACCUGGGCUGCACCUGUAGAACCAAGCAGUGGGAGAUGACAAUGAACAUGCAGCUCCUGAAUAGUUCCAGUGAUAAAACCUUCCUCCGUCACAGACACCAUCCUUAUGGCACCCCUACAGUCGUCCAGCCAGAUAUCUCUUUUUGUCUCCUUUACCACACUGAGUACCUCAGUGGAUACAGCAAAGACCGCCUCAUGCCUCUGUGGGUGUCUUACACGAUUCCUCCUCUGACAACCGUCCGACCCCUGACCCCAGAGCACAAGGUGUGCAUACAUGCUGACGUACGAGUGCCAAAGCUCAACAGCCAGCUGUGUCUGCGAUACUCGGACAACAUGACCGUGACUUACGGCCUGCUGCACCCUCCAAGUCUGAGUAGUGAAGAACAUGACGCAGACUCGCUCCUCAUAACCAACGUCACACCAAUGUUCCCAGCAUUUAAAGAUGUUUGGACCCAUUUUCACGAGGUCCUGCUUCCAAAAUAUUCAAAGGAGCUGAACGGCGUCAACAUCAUGAGUGGGCCCAUUUUUGAUGAAGACUACGACGGACAUGUUGAUGCACAUAAAGUGAUUUCACAGAAUGAGGCGCCCAUCCCGACACAUUUCUUUGUGAUCCUGACCAGCUGUGGGGACUCGACCUUCACCCCUGUGGAAUGUGAGGGUCCAUUGCAGGCCACCUCCUUCAUCCUGCCCCACAGGUCCGACAACAGCGAGACCUGCGCUAAGGGGACAGACUUCAUGUGGGUGGAAGAAUUUGUGCAGUUUCACACGGCUCGAGUUCGAGAUAUCGAGCUCCUGACCGGGCUCAGCUUCUACCACGAUAGGUUAUCUGUGCAAGAGACUCUACAGCUCAAAACAUUUGUGCAGACACACCAAAGAAUCUAAUUCAAUUGCUCAAGGAAUUCAUGGCGCUCCGCUCAGCAGGGAGCAGUGUGGAGCGCUCUCCUCUCAGUGGAUUUAACGGCUGCCUCGCUUGUAAAAGUUCAACCAAAGUCCAUCUAGAAUUUUUUUAAUGCAAACUUUAUGAAGUCUACACUUGGUGAAGCCAUGUAUUUAUUAUUGAUGAUACUCCUGAUUGCAACUGUGUGGUGGAAUAUGGGAUAAAUUCAGAGGACAUUUUUAUAAGUGACGCUGCAGAGCGCUCAGUCACAGACGACGAAGUGGGACAGGAACCAAACGAAAAGGGAAAAAGAAACAAUCAUCUGUUUGUCGGGCAGCAUUUCCAGAGGAUUCCUGCUACACUUUGUGUGUCACAUGGUGGUGAUGUGGAGAAUUUUAAAAAUCAACACUAAGUUUGAGAACAGAGUGUUUCACGCUGCAAAAAGAUGAUUCCCAACGCUGCAUUUGUGCACUUAUUGACAAACUAUUACUUGUCAAAUGUUAUAUGUAUAUGGUGUAUAUGGUUUGUUUGCUUGUUUUGUUUAUUCAUUAUUUUUGGGAAUUUGGACAUUAUUAGAUUAGAUUUUUUUUCUUUAUGCUUGAUUAGCUCCACUGAGGAGGUUCGUUUUCCCCGUGUCUUUUUGUUCGUUGAGUGUUUGUUUGUUUGCGUAACAUGUUUUGUAUUUGUUUGCAAAAACUAAGUAACAAUUUAGUGAAAUUUGCUGGAGGGGGGUGAAGUAUGCACCACAGAAAAGCACUUGAAUUUUGGUGUUGAUCCAGAUCAAAGAGCAAGUCAAAGCUCAGCAUAAAGGAUCAAACUUCCCCAGCACUUCCGAACAGCAUCAAUCCCGCUCAAAGGCUAAUUACUGUAUGUUUAAGUAUCAAGUCUCAGUGAUCAAGAUCAAACCUUAGCAUAAAGGAUCAGAGUACGAUGCUGAGAAAUAAAUAUUAGCUUUUGGGGUCAGAGAUCAGUGAUCAAAACCAUGAUGAGGAUCAAAGCUCAGUAAAUAUCAACAGCAGUAAUCAGGCUCAAAGGUCGAAAUCAAUGGUCAGGGUCAAAAUCAGCAAUCAAGCUCAAAUGUCAUCCUUAAGUUUCAAAGGUCAGGACCAAAUGGCACAUAUAUAGAUCAAAUCUCAGUGAACAAGAUUAAAAUCAGUGAUCGAGACUAAAGAUCGGCAUUAACAAUCAAAGUACUCUGUUCAGAAUGCAACAUCAAAGCAAAGUGAGCAGGUUUAAAUGUCAGGAUCAAAGUUCAAUCAGAUUCAAAGUUUGAAUCAAACAGCAAUCGUCAGGAUCAAAUGGGGUCAAUCAAUCAAUCAAUCAAUUUUUUUAUAUAGCGCCAAAUCACAACAAACAGUUGCCCCAAGGCGCUUUAUAUUGUAAGGCAAGGCCAUACAA